AUGUAUGAUGGCCUCCCGGGUGAUCAGCGCCUCCCUCACGAUUCUGGACGCGAGGUUGGCAUCGAUGCUCUGGCCAAGUUGGGCGUUCUAUAUUACCAUCUACCUGAGAUAGACGGAGUGAAUCAGCUUGCUGCGGAAAGAGGAUACAAGAACCGCGACGAGAUUCGCGUCUCGCCGGAGGCGAUGGGAGAUGUUUACGAGGACAAGGUUAAGAUGUUCUUCCAUGAGCAUCUUCAUGAAGAUGAGGAAAUUCGUUACAUACGUGGAGGACAGGGCUAUUUUGACGUCAGGAGCAAAGAUGACGAGUGGGUUCGUGUACUCCUCGCGAAGGAUGAUUUGCUCAUCUUGCCGCCGGGCAUUUAUCACCGCUUUACCACGGACGAGUCCAAUGUCUUCGGCGGCACCGGGCACAUGGGUCGUUCCCUAGUGAAAUGCGCACUCUCGCGGGGAGAUUUUGUCGUCUCUGUUGGGCGCGUUUUUGAGGAUGACCUCCACGAUACCCCUGGUCGCAGCGAGAACCUGCUUCAUGCUGUUUGCGACGUCAGGUCACGCGAGUCAGUUCUGCGCCCUGUACAGCGCGCCCUGGACCAUUUCGGACGCAUCGACGUCGUCGCCAACUGUUCAGGCUAUGGCGUGAUCGGAGCCUGCGAGGACCAGGACGAGCAUGAUCUCAGAAAUCAGUUCGAGACUAAUUUCAUGGGUACGGUCCAUAUCAUCCACGCGACACUCCCCUACUUCCGUCGACAGAACGGCGGUCGAUACCUGAUCUUCAGUUCCACAUCUGGAGCUUUGGGUGUUCCCGGUCUUGGACCGUACUGCGCUACAAAGUACGCAGUUGAAGUCACAGAAGAAUUGGAAGAUUGGAAGCACCUGAACUUCCCGACUACAGCUGAUGACAAGAAGAACGAAGACUAUGUUGUGCGCAUGUCUGACCAUGCUUACAAAACGGGAGACCGUUCUCCAUUCGGGUCCAUGUCGCCCUCCAGCAAGCCCUACGGUAACGGAUCCGGCGGCUCUACGCUGUCUUCCUCCGUUAGCAAGCUUGACAAUAGUCCCAUGAUCUCUAUUCUAGCUUACUGCGCCUCGUCGAUUAGCAUGACUGUUGCCAUGGUUGGCACAGGGGCUAUCACUGCCUGCAAGCAAUUCGGUCUGAUCAAAGCUCUUGCGCCCUUCGAGUCGGAGCGGGCCAAGAAGUGGUUCCCCAUCUCAGUCCUCCUGGUUAGCAUGAUCUACACGGGCGCCAAGGCUUUACAAUACCUCUCCGUCCCAGUCUAUACUAUUUUCAAGAAUCUGACCAUCAUCGUCAUCGCUUACGGCGAGGUAUUGUGGUUUGGUGGCAGCGUUACCCCGUUGUCCCUCGUCUCAUUUGGCCUCAUGGUCAUCAGCUCCGUCGUUGCUGCGUGGGCCGAUAUUCAAAGCGCCCUUGCUGGCGACUUUGGCACUGCCUCUUCUUCGGAUGCCGUGUCAACGCUGAACGCUGGCUACGCAUGGAUGGGCAUGAACGUCUUCUGCAGCGCAUCGUACCUUUUGAGUAUGCGCAAGGUCAUCAAAAAGAUGAACUUCAAGGAUUGGGAUUCUAUGUACUACAACAAUUUGUUGACGAUUCCCGUCCUCUUGGUAUUGGGUCUGCUGACUGAAGACUGGUCCUCCGCGAACUUGGCACGUAACUUCCCCCCAGAGCUUCGCGUGCGCAUGGGCGUAGGCAUUGUCUACUCAGGCUUGGCUGCGAUCUUCAUUUCGUAUUGCUCCGCCUGGUGUAUCCGCGUAACAUCUUCAACCACAUAUUCAAUGGUCGGCGCGCUCAACAAAUUGCCCAUUGCAAUCAGUGGACUUGUCUUCUUUUCUGCGCCUGUUACGUUCGGCAGCGUGUCGGCCAUUGCGAUUGGCUUCGUCAGCGGUAUCAUCUAUGCUCUGGCUCGCGUCAAACAGUCGUCUGCUGCGAAAGACUCGCUACCGAUGACGCGGAUACCAAUGAGCGCUAGCUCCCAGAGCAACAAAGAUGCGAUAUCAGCAUCGUCGUCGAAGCUCAAGCCUACGGGCAAUGUCACACAGUCAUAUGAUGACAUUGUCAUCAUCGUGUGA